UACAGCCCGCCUCCCGCCGCGGAGGUGCCUGGUGAAGUCUUGGCUUGUGCACCCAGGGUUGCAGGGGGUUAGGGGCCCAGGAAGUCGGGGACACCGCGCUGUGCUGCCGUGUCCGCACCCUCGUCCGUCAACAGCAAGACUGCUCGAGACCAGGGUGUCCUUUUUCCUUUCCCUUGUCAUCUCCCUGUCCCUGGCCCAACAUGAUACUGACCAAAGCCCAGUACGACGAGAUAGCCCAGUGCCUAGUGUCUGUACCGCCUACCAGGCAGAGCCUGAGGAAGCUGAAGCAGAGGUUCCCCAGUCAAUCGCAGGCCACUCUGCUGAGCAUCUUCUCCCAGGAGUACCAGAAACAUAUUAAGAGAACACAUGCCAAGCAUCAUACUUCAGAAGCGAUUGAAAGUUAUUACCAGAGGUAUCUGAAUGGAGUGGAGGAAAAUGGAGCUGCCCCAGUGCUCCUGGAGCUAGCCAAUGAGGUGGAGUAUGCACCCUCAUUAAUGGCCCGGAUCAUACUGGAAAGGUUUCUGCAAGAGCAUGAGGAAGCUCCAC